AUACACUCACAUUACCCGAACUGAAAUCUCAUUUAUGUGCUAUGGCGAUAAAUUACAAAUCAUGGUAGACAUUUUUUUACGUAUCCUCCAUUCUUAUAAGCUGUUUUGUUGUAGACAUUGUUCUAUUGAAGACGUUCUUAAAGUUGAUGAAAUGAGACUGUUGGCAAACCAUUAUAGGUUUUUGACUAAGCCGACGGGACCUACUGACAAGUUGAAUGAUAAUCCUUCCGCUAAUAUUAAGAAGACAUUGGGCGGUGAAGAGUUACGUAAAAGCAUAAUACUACCUAACCAAUACCCUACCAUCUAG